AUGUUAGCUCGGGCUGGUUGUUACCAGCCCGUGCUAACAUCUCUCAUCAUCAUCAUGGUGUUCCAUGAGAACCACCAUGGUCCGCCACAAAACGUGAUUGAUCCAAAUUCUAUAGCAGCUGACGGAGACGAUUCUCAAGCAGAAUCGAGUAUUACACAAAACGCAAACGGAACCAUGGCCUUGGCUUCUUCUAACGGAGGAAAUAAUAAAGGUCGGGCCAAAACACAAGUCAGCGGAACAUACGCAGGAAGUGGCACAUUUGAAGCUCAAGCUGAAAUAAGUGACGAAAGUAAAGGAGCACAAAGUGAAGUAUCAGGAGGAAAACACGGCGCAAUCAGUAUUGCUCAAGGACAUAGCAGGAAUAGUAAAUCACAAGCGAAUGUUAAUCUUGGCUCUGAAACUGGCUCUUUAACCUCGGGUGCUCAAAGCGAUGGAGUAAUGCAUUCAUCUAAUACCCAGGUCCAAGGUGGAGUUAAAGGAGGAUCAGCGGAGGCCCAAGCUCGUGGUCCAGGAAGUACUUCUUCCCAGGCUCAGAUCGGUUUUACCCCAUUUAAAGAUAGCGAUAAAGCAAAUCAUGACCUAUUUAAAACCCCAUUUGUAGGCGCUGGUAAAGCGUCUUCUCAUUCUAACGGGCGCAUAGGAGAGUCACAAUCACAGCUGGAAGGCACAUUCAAAUAUGGAAUCAAAUAUACUGGAGCAGCUCAAUCGGGAGCUAGUUUGGAUAAAGAUGCAGUAUUCGCCAGUCGACUACCUUUCAACAAAAUCGACGUUUUUGAUAAAAGCGAUGUAAAUAUAAACGUUGAUGACACAGAGAGACCACCAGAGGUAACACCUUUGCCUUUGCCUGACAUAAAUGACGUACAAAACAAUGUUCUCAAUAUAACCGAAAAACCACAGGACCAGUCUAGAAGCAGAAUGGCCAGUCAUAGCCACCUGGAUCACCAUAUUCCUGGCAAUGAGAAUAAAGCAGCUCCCACAAGCCCGCCUCCAGCAGGAAACACACGAUCGUUCCAACCGCCAUAUGCAAAUAAUAACGAUUUCGACUAUACGAGUGAUAAAGAAGAUAAUCCUACAGAAGAUUACGAUGCAGACGGAGGGUUUGGCCCUGAAGGUAGUGACCCGGUGGAUGGAGAGUACAACUAUGAUGACUUUGGAAAAGACACCGAGACACAUCAAUCUCUGCAUAGUCCGAGCAGAAAAAGUUUUGAAAUCAAACAAAGUACCGGCGGAAAUACGCAACACAUUGUAUUAGGGGCCUUGCAUGGUCAAGACGCUGUAAUAACACAAAAAAAUACUGAUCCAAGACCAGACGAAAGCAAAGUCUAUCAGCCCGGCGAGAGUGUACCCGGAACCGGAGGUUAUACCAUACCCGUCGGAUUUACAGGGAGCAUCAAAUCAGUGGCUUCCAAGCAAAACACUUACGCCAUUGGGUCGAGACGUUCUCCAUCACAAGCUCAAACAGUGGCAAUAACUCCUGGAAGUGGUAAAGUGAAAUACAUGUACCCUAACCCUAACGUGCCGCCUCACGGGAAAUAUGUAGCGCCAAAGGACUUGCGAUCUUACUCUAAUAACAAUAAAGAUGAUAAUAACAGAUAUGUCUCAGUAUCAAAGACAAUAACAGGAGAUUUAGACGGGGAAAAUAAUAUCAGAAAACAAUAUUCACACACGUAUUACACGAAAUCAUCAUCUUGCGGAUAUUUUACUUUCACUUGCACUAUGGUCAGUGGACCCAGCGGUAGAAAAAAAGUAUGCAAACCUAAAAUGCCCACCAACCCCGAUGGGACACCCAUGAGAUGUUAAAAAUUCCAGAAAUAAAUCUAGCUGAAUUAUGAAUUACUGUUUAAGUUUUAAUUCCGUUCAAUGUGGAAAAUAUUAACAAAAUAUUCGUUUUUAGUUAUUAUUAAAUGCAAAAACACAAUAUUGAAACAUUCAUUAUGCAAUGCAAUUACAACAGGAAUGUUCCGACAAUCCAACAUAGUUAUGUACAUGAAGACAAUAAGUCAUUAUUAGAUUUUUAAUUGCUGUGGAGAGUAGGCACGUAAAUAGAUAAUUUUAGAAAAAAAUAUCGGUGAAAUUUUCAAGUAUUUUACUAAGAUUUCUAUUUAUAGAUGGUCAAGCAGAUCUUGUCAGUAUAAAAAGGCGGCAAAUUUGAAAAAUGUAUGCGCGAAGGGAUAAGGCCUCAUAGAAAAUUUGAAUUUCGCGCCUCUUUCUACUGACAAGAUUUGCUUGACAAUCUAUAGUUAAUAUUACAACAUUCGUAACAAAUGUAACAAUAUUCUCAUCCGUAAGUUUUAUUUAAUUAACUUAAAGAUAUACCGAUGUACAUUCUAUAGUAAGUCCUCGUAAAUUAAGGUGUG